AUGCAGGCGCCGGCGUGUACCAAUGCUCCGGCGUGCACAUUCCCCUUCGCCACGAUGCAGUCGCAUGGCGUCAGGAUCGCGAGGUCGCACGCCUACGACUGGGUUGCGCUGCUCCUUCUGAUCGCCAUGGAAUGCGUCCUCAACGCCAUCGAGCCGUUCCACCGCUUCGUCGGCGAAGGCAUGAUCGCGGACCUCAGAUACCCGUUGAAGAGCAACACCGUCCCGGUCUGGGCCGUGCCGAUCGUUGCUGUCAUUGCACCUAUGCUCAUCUUUAUCGCCAUCUACAUCUGGAGGCGGAGUGCGUAUGAUUUGCACCAUGCUACAAUUGGUAUUCUGUUCUCUGUGCUGAUCACCGGCGUCCUGACGGAUGCGAUCAAGAACGCCGUGGGCCGUCCGCGCCCCAACUUCUUCUGGCGCUGCUUCCCUGAUGGAAUCGCUGUGUACGACAACAUCACCACAGCAGUCAUAUGCCACGGCGACGCCAGCGUGAUCAAAGAAGGCCACAAGAGCUUCCCAAGUGGCCACUCUUCCUGGUCUUUCGCCGGCCUGGGCUUCCUGUCGUGGUACCUCGCCGGGAAGAUCACCGUCUUCGACCGACGAGGACACGUCGCCAAGCUGUGCGUCGUCAUCCUGCCUCUCCUCGUCGCCGCUGUCAUCGCCAUCUCGCGGGUAGAUGACUACUGGCACCAUUGGCAGGACGUCUUCGCUGGCGGCAUCCUUGGAAUGGUGAUUGCGUCUGUUUGCUACCUGCAGUUCUUUCCACCACCCUCUGAUGACAAAGGUUUCUGGCCUCAUGCACACUUUAGGUACAUCAGCGACAGGGAAGAGGAGAGCCGGAGGCGGCGCACUACUGAAAUGAGCAACAGUGACUCGACCGCAGUUGUCCCUCGGCAGGGUGAGACAGGAGCAAACACGAGCCGCACGUUGGACGCGAUGGAGUCCGAGCGGGUGUGCAAACGGGUGCCGGCAGCCAGGGUGGGCACGGGGACUCACCGACGGUGGAAAUCCAUGUCGAAUACCACUACUCCUGCUCUGCUUGCCAAGUUGCGCGGAACGAAACUACGAGAGAUCGGAUAA